CGUCGCUGUCUGCUGUGAUUGCAAUGGCGUUUGCUGCGACAGCACUUUCCGGCAGCAGGGAAAUCGAGGAGAAAGCAGCGACAAACGUCGCCAGCGGAUACGUGACCGCCUCAAAAUCCCCGGAUUUAUGCGAUAUUCGGUGAACUGACUUGUUUAUUGAUUGUACAGCCGUUCGCCUUGUGAAUGAGCUUGUGUUCAACGUUUUCCAAGCGUGAAUCUCCACCUUAAUGCGGUGGGAUGGCCACAGUGCCGCCUGGGCCUAGUAGCGCACUGCCUUCAUCCCCGGCUGAAAUUCCUCCUUUCCCCGGGGCUGGGAGCGCGGAGCCGGCGGUGGAAGACGGAGAGUCGGCUUGUCACAAGGAGGACUGUGAACCCGCCGGUAAAGGGAAGACGUCGGAGCCGGUAAACGGCAAUAGGUCGGUUAAUAAGAAGCAAAAAAACAUGCUAGCGCGAGCUAGCCCGGCGGCGCUGCACCUUAAAAUGCAAGCCCGAGAGCAGCAGCAGCUAAACGGCUUGGCCUGCCCCUUAGAGGACGCUGACAGCCACCAACACCCAGGAAACCGGCCUGACAACCCGAGACCGUCCGCUGACAACUGUGACAGCAGUAGCAGCAGCAGCAGCAGCGGCAGCAAUGAGGAUGCUCCUGCCGCUAGACACAAUAGUGAGCAUUGCCAACAUGGAGGCCACAGCCCUUUUUCCAAAAACGGCAGUCACUCUCCCCUAGUUAACAAUAGCAUGAACGGGAUGCCGGGUUUUACAAGAACUGAGGCGGCCUACAGCCACCUCGGGGACGAGGGGAAAGAGGGGUUUGACCUCAGGGAGCCACCGAGACCGCCCAGCAUUGAGCCGCCGGAUGCCGGGCCCGGCGGAGAGGAGAGCCUCGCUGACCCGCAGCAGCCGCCCGCCGCUGAGCUAGCCCGGCUCGACCUGAGCAGCUCUCCCGGCCGAGUGGAAGAGGACAACCACGGCAUUCGCUACGUCCGCUACGAGUCCGAGCUCCAAAUGCCGUGGAUCAUGAGACUAAUCACCAAGGACUUGUCUGAGCCUUAUUCAAUUUACACCUACAGGUACUUCAUCCACAACUGGCCGCAGCUCUGCUUUCUGGCCAUGGUGGAGCAGGAGUGUGUCGGGGCCAUCGUAUGUAAGCUUGACAUGCACAAGAAGAUGUUCCGUCGUGGCUACAUCGCCAUGCUGGCCGUGGACUCAAAACACAGAAGGAAAAGCAUCGGUACUAAUCUGGUGAAGAAGGCCAUCUAUGCCAUGGUGGAGGGUGACUGUGAUGAGGUUGUAUUGGAGACUGAAAUCACCAACAAAUCAGCCCUGAAGCUGUACGAGAACUUGGGUUUUGUCAGAGACAAGCGGCUGUUCAGAUACUACCUAAACGGAGUGGACGCGCUGCGGCUCAAACUGUGGCUCCGCUAGAGGAAAGACGAGGGGACGGGGGAAGACGGACAGCGGGUGCUGUUCACUUUGAACGCUAUCGGCUUGACAGCCUCAGCUCUGCCCUGGUCAUUUCACUCUUAUAGAUACACACACACACACACACAAUCACACACACACACACACACACACACCUGUGUACACACAUAAGGAGUAUGCAUAUAGGGAUGCAUAGACACACACACACACACACCCUCUUUUUGUCCUUGGCCUCUAAACAACUGUUGUUUAGGCAGAAACGAACUGACAUCCCACCUGAUGUCCUGUUCUCAUGAAGGCGCCCCUGAUACUGUCUUUGAUUGGGAAUGGGGGGAGGGGGGGUGCGAGUGUGGCCCCACAUUGAACCGGGACACUAGGUGUGAGGCAGCUUAAGUGAGAACGUGCGUCCGAAACCCCCAGGGGACACGGCACCACACCAAAUCCUCCUGCAGACCCCGGGGG